AUGGUGAGAACAAUUUGCUCUGACAAAAAUGGAAUGAAGAAAGGUUCAUGGAGCGAGGAAGAAGAUAACAAGUUGAAAGCUUAUAUUCUUAGAUAUGGCCAUUGGAACUGGCGUAAACUUCCCAAGUAUGCAGGAUGGAGGAUUCGUCUAUCAGGUUUAUCUAGAUGUGGGAAGAGUUGCAGACUACGGUGGAUGAAUUACCUCAAGCCGAAAGUGAAACGAGGGAACUAUAGCCAAGAAGAAGAGAAUAUCAUCAUGAAAUUACAUGAUGAACUAGGAAAUAAAUGGUCAGCAAUGGCUGCAAAAUUACCAGGAAGAACAGAUAAUGAUAUAAAAAACCACUGGCACACUCAUCUGAAGAAACGUGCAAAGCAAAAUGGAAAAUUAAAAGAAACUAGUGAAAGUUCCCAAUCCAUUGGAACUUGCCAGUUUGAACUUGAAGACAGCCAACAGAGAGAUGAUCAAGAAUGGGCACUUGACAGUGUUGUUGACAUUGAUCCAUCCCAGCAAACUUCAGAAAGCUCCUUAUUGCAGGCGGAAAGCUCCGAUUAUGCCUUCAACCAUGCUAUGAAGCAGAACAUGGAUGACAGUAUCACUUCAUCAUCAGAAACAUAUCAUGCGGAUACAAUUGAAACUUUCUGGAAUCAACCAUUUUUGUUAGAAAACGAGACCACUACAAAUGAUGUACGCGCAUCCAUUGUCGAUCACGAGUUUCUCUCUCCAAAUUCUCCUAUUUAUUGUGAGGAACUUCUAUCUAGAUAUGGUUUUUAUUAUUGACCUAUAUAUUAAUGCCUAGAACUGGCAAACCUAUAAAUGUAAACAAAAAUAACCAGACGCAUAAUCCUAUGCUUUAAUUUUAUGCUUCAACUUGGUGGCCUUUCUGGUUGAAAAGGUCGGCCAAGCUUAGGGUGCUUCGUA